AUGGCUAGCUCGUCGACAUUCAUUAAAGUUCGUUUUGAAGGUUCAACAACAAACGGCAAUACUCGGUUUCACUUAAAUGAUCAACAUGCUUUAUCGAUGUCUGAACUCUCAGAAACGUUUCCGGGUAUUAUUGGUCUUAAAUAUCGUUUUGCGGAAUCUGAUGGAUGGAAAUUAGUGAUCAACAAAGAUGCUGAUGGUAAUUUAAAACCGAAGGAUUGGGACACAUGGUAUUUCAAUAUGGUUUACGUGCUGCAUUUUCCAAUACGUAAGAUUUUAUUAGUUAAACAUGCACUAAAGCUUAAACGUUCGAGUUUUACCUUUCGAGGUUAA